UAAAGUCCGGAUUCACCCUAUCCGAAGAACUCAACGCAGGAAGGAAGGCCAUGGGGGCUCUUCGCCUCCCUUCUCUCACCACCUUCUUCAUCUCUUCCUCCUCUUCCACAUUCACACGUGCGGCUUCCAUCUCUGCACGUUCACCGUUCCUCCUCCGCCUGCAUCAGCAUCCCAAUCCCCACCUCCACCUCUCUCGCAAGGCCUUAGCAGCUUCCGUCGCGAGCGACUUCUCUACAGAAAGUCUCGCGAAGAAAGAAUCUCGAGAAAGCAACAGCAAUGAAGAGAAGCGUUUCAUCACGCCUCGCUCUCAGGAUUUCAGUGCGUGGUAUCUCGACGUAAUCGCCAGAGCUGAGCUCGCCGAUUACGGCCCCGUCCGUGGGACCAUGGUCAUUCGCCCCUACGGCUACGCCAUUUGGGAAUCCAUUCAGGAGUAUUUGAAUGUUAUAUUCAAGGAAACUGGCCAUAGCAACAUGUAUUUCCCUCAGUUUAUACCAUACUCGUUUAUAGAGAAAGAAGCUAGCCAUGUUGAAGGUUUCAGUCCAGAACUAGCUCUUGUGACCAUUGGAGGUGGGAAGGAACUCGAAGAAAAACUCGUGGUGCGACCAACUAGUGAAACUAUUGUGAACCAUAUGUUUACCCAAUGGAUUCAUAGUUACCGAGAUCUUCCUCUUAUGGUUAAUCAGUGGGCAAAUGUUACAAGAUGGGAAAUGCGUACAAAACCAUUUGUGAGGACUCUUGAAUUUCUAUGGCAAGAAGGUCAUACGGCUCAUGCGACACCUGAAGAGGCAGAGAAAGAGGCAUUACAGAUGAUUGAUGUCUAUAAGAAAUUUGCUUAUGAGCAAGCUGCAAUACCUGUUAUUGCAGGUCGAAAGUCAAGGGCCGAGACAUUCGCUGGUGCUUCUAGAACCUAUACAAUUGAAGCUAUGAUGGGUGAUCGAAAGGCUUUGCAAGCUGGAACUAGCCACAACCUUGGCCAGAAUUUCUCCCGUGCCUUUGGAACUCAGUUCAGUGAUGAAAAUGGACAAAGGCAACAUGUAUGGCAGACGUCAUGGGCUGUAAGCACCCGUUUUGUUGGUGGCAUCAUCAUGACUCAUGGAGAUGAUACUGGUCUGAUGCUGCCCCCCAAAAUGGCACCAAUUCAGGUGGUAAUAGUACCAAUUUGGAAGAAAGCUGAUGAAAAAGCAGGAGUUCUGGAUGCUGUAUCAUCUGUAGCGAAAAUAUUGAAAACAGCAGGAGUCAAAGUUAAAGUGGAUGACUCAGAACAGAGGACGCCUGGGUGGAAAUUCAAUUUCUGGGAGAUGAAAGGUGUUCCCCUAAGGAUUGAAAUUGGACCUCGUGAUGUAUCAAAUGGGACCGUUGUCAUAUCUAGGAGAGAUGUUCCCGGAAAGCAAGGAAAGGUUUUUGGGGUGUCCAUGGAACCUUCAAUUUUGCAGGCCCAAGUGAAGGAAAGGUUGGAAGAUAUCCAGUCAGCCCUUUUGGAACAGGCUACUUCAUUCCGAGAUAGCAACAUUGUAGAUGUAAGCUCAUACGAUGAGCUCAAGGAGGCAAUCUCUCAAGGAAAAUGGGCGAGAGGUCCAUGGUCAGCGAGCGAAGCUGAGGAGUUGAAAGUGAAGGAAGAGACCGGUGCAACCAUUAGAUGUUUCCCUUUUGAACAGCCACCUGGGCUAAAAACAUGCCUAAUGACAGGCAAUUCAGCCGAUGAAGUUGCACUAUUUGCAAAAUCUUACUAACUCAGAAGACGGGCACACUAUUCACACAUUUCCAUUCAAGGUCACAGAUCUGUUAGACUGCCUUGGCAGCAGCUCCAUAAAUCGAUUCACAAAGGUUUCUCGCUGGAAGGUACCAACCACCGUUUAGAUCCAUUUGCUUUGGUGCAUGUACUGUAUAUUUACUUGUGAUCCCUGAGAAACUUUACAAAAACCAAAGGAAGUUUGAUAUGUAAUGAGAAGUGAUAUGUAUGUUCUCGUCAUUGCUAAAGUGACUGAAUGAAAUUUUUUUCUCGUCA